AUUGUCUGUUUCUUACCUGGCCAAGUGCAAUUCACCUGAGCGAGAUGAAUCAUACUGGCUAACACUCAAAUAACGAUUUUAAAGCUUUAAAAUUAGGAAAAGAUAGCUGUCAUUGAGGAAAAAACUGGCUGCAUAUAGAAAUAAUGAAUGUGAACAAUUUAUGAAAUUUGGAUCUAACAAUACAAUGUCCGUACUAGGAGAAUCACACUUUGGAUAUAGUGAAUUUAGAAGUGGAUUUUUUUCCUCUGGUUUACCUUCUGGAGGUAGCCUACCAUUUGGGUCAGGGCUAGGGUAUACUAGUUUAUCUGGACCACCAGUCCCUUCUGUGCCACUAUGGAGGCCUACUCCUUCAUUACCUAUACCACAGUACUGUAUGGACAUUAGGUGUCCCUGUAAUUUAUCAAGGAGUUUUGGGACUAAUGUUUUAGACUAUGUGCCAUCAUUUUUGCCUCCAUGGUAUUUAAAGCUAGCAGGUGACCAUUUAUUAUACAAAGGACAGACUUCCUUACAUGAAUCACAGGAAUCACCUACUAGUAAAGAACUUCCAACAAAGAUUCAGAAACAGGAAAGAUUAAAGGAAAGACAGGGAUUGCCACAGACACUUAACUUUGAUAAGGAUAGGGAGUCCAAGUUUUUAUCAAAGAGUCGAUGUACAGGAACACAGACACAAAUUUCAAGUGCCGACCCAGAGUUACCAAUGUAUUUAAAUGGAGCAAGAUCAGACCAACUGACAGUUGACCAGUAUGCUGCUGCUCACCAAGCCAUGCUUAUACAAGCCAAUCAGUUGAUGCGAGAACGAGGCUCACCUCCAAGAUAUUCAAGCUUAGAUUCUCAUGACACUCCAUUAAACUUAUCAUUAUCAAAUUCAACUUUAGCAUCACAGAAUUCCUUAUAUUCCACACAUGUUCCAAGACCAUCAGUUAUUACAUGUGCACCUAACGUAGUAGAUAGAGGGCAGCAAAGUCUGUCGCCAUCCAUUUCACCUCAGUCUCUUCCAAGUCCCAGUCGGAGGGAAGUCAGAACAGAAUUAUGUGAUCCUGCCAUAGAAGAACAUUUUAGAAGGUCAUUGGGACGGGACUACUCAGACUUCGUAUCUUCCAAAUCUUCUCCAAAGACACCAAGUUUACCAUCUCCCUCUGGCCCCCCUCCACAGCUUCCCUCUCCUCCUGUAGAGAAUAAAACACAGAUAGCUACAAAUGUUUCAAUAACAGGUUCUGUGGAUGAUCAUUUUGCUAAAUCCCUUGGAAACAGUACAUGGACUGCACUGAAAGCCAAAAAAGAUCCAGUCAAUGAACUGUUCACAGGCUCAGUGGAUGAUCACUUUGCCAAAGCUCUAGGAGGAGAUACAUGGCUAAGAAUUAAAGCUGAAAAAGAAAACGGACAUUGUACAAGCUUAUCACAGCAAAGACAUGACUCUUCCCUAUUGUCUACUCAACAUUAAUAUUGUUUUAUGUGUUCACUCAAGUGUGGAUGACCAUGAAAAAUAUGUCACUGCCGUACAGUUACUAAAUGUUAUGUUUGCUACGUUUCUGAUCUCAACGCUCAUGACACAAUUCAGAACAUAAAUUUAGGUGCAACCUUGUAAUGUUAUUUUCUCAAUGUAAAAUAUUUGCUCAUAGUUUCUGAUAGAAAGUAACACAACUAAGACAGUUAUUAAAUUCAUUUUGGGUUAAUCUCAAAGAUCAUUUUUUUAUUAGAAUAAUAUUUUCUUGCCAACAAAAAGUAAAAUAGUUUUUGUUUUUUUUAUAUUUAUAGUACAUUGUAUAUAUAUAUAAUGAGGGUAGUUUUAAUAAACCUAUCACUUAUCAACAGCAUGUUAUCUGGCAUUUAAAAUUUAAAAGAAAAACAUUCACCACUUGAAGAUUAUUUUUUAGCAUUUUGGAUCUCAAUUUUGUGAAUGAAUUUCUUACAUUCAUUGAGAAAUUUAAAUUGCAGUUUUUUUUUUUUUUGCAGGCCAUAAACACGUCAUAAAAAAAAGUUUGACAUUGAAAAAUUGUCUUGUAAAAAGACAUUAUGUUUUUACACUAGUGUUUGAUGUUCUAAAUGCAAAUUUAACUUAACAAGAUGCUUUAUAGCAAAAUGUAUUAAUUACAUGAAUGAAAACAUUGAUGUGGCUCAGAUGAUUCUAAUUGACAUGACAACAAAACAAGUUGGGUGGAGGAGUUUUGUGUUGAUAAUGUUGUCAUAUAAUUAAUUCUUUUAUUGUGUAAACUUUAUGGCAUAAGUUUUGUCUUGCUGAACUUACAAUUGUUAGGUAAGCAAGUUGAACACAAUUAUUUUCCUGUGUUUUAUGUAAAUUGCUCAAGGUCAUUUAAAUGUCAAGGUCAAAUUUUAAGUUAAUUUACAAAAAUGAAAUCCAUAGCCUCCAUGUGAUUGCGGUUUUAAUCUUCUGAAAAAUGAAUUUUUGAUCAACUUUAAACUUUUGACAUAAACAUCAGAAAUAAUUUAUCAGCAAAUUGACAAAUUGAAUUGACUUGUUUAUAAAUCUGUCGAUAUAUAGUACACAAUUUUUCAUUUGACCUUUUAAAGAUUGUCAUAUUUAUUUCAACAUUACCUAGAGCUACUUGUUCCCACAGUGGUGUAUAAAACAAUAUUAGUGUCAGCUGGAAAGAUUCUGGUUGCGGCUAUGAGAAUGAACUAACAAUGGAAAACAUUCCUGAUUUGCAGGUUUUAUUGUUUGUUAUCGGGAGGAGAAAGAAUAAAAUGUUGAGCAGCAUAUUGAGUGAAAAUGUUAAUGUGAAUGGAAGAAAUAUAGUGGACAUUUUGUGCAAAUUUUCUUUUUUUUAAAUGCGGGUUUUGAAAUGGCAAUGUUUCUUGUCAUAUGCUUGUUUUGUAUAUUGUAAAUUUGUGUUGUUUAUAAGACUAUAGAAAUGGUCAUUAUAUGUUUCAUUGUUUGAAGUGUCAUUUUGAAAUAUCUUUGGGAAAAGUAUUGUGUAAAUGUAUAUAAAAAUAUAUAUAUAUUGGUAUUUUCUAAACAUUUGCAAAAUAUUUUGUUUUUUUAUCAUCAAUUGAGUUCAAUUUAUAUGAUUUUCCCCAUUCUUUAUCGUGACAUUGUCUCACAUUUGUUUUACAUUCUUGAGCUUAACAUGAUAUCAGUUUUUUUCAUAUUGAUGCUCGUGGUUAAAGAUGUACAUUUCAUUCAUUGUAAAUAAUUUAUGUCAGACAUUUCAACAAGGUUUUUUUCAUUGUUAUGUUGUAAAGAGUUAUAUUAAAAGUAAGUGAUAAUAAAAAUAAUUCAAAUUUCUUUUUUCUAUAUUGACCUAAUUAUAUAUAACUGACCUUAAAACGUCUCAAUUAUAUGAUUUAAAGAUAUAAGAAGAUGUGGUAUGAGUGCCAAUAAAACAACUCUCCAUCCAAGUCACAAUUUGUAAAACUAAACCAUUACAGGUCAAAAAGGUCUUCAACACAGAGCCUGGGCUCACACCAAACAGCAAGCUAUAAAGGGUCCCAAAUAUGACUAGUAUAAAACCAUUCAAAUAGGAAAACCAACUAUUUUAUCUAUAUAAAAAAACGAGAGAUUAGAAACACUUAAGAACCACAUUACUAUGUAUACUUUUUAAUUGAGAUAAUAAGUAAACAAAUUUUCUGUAAAUUGAGUUUGAGUUUAAAACUUUGAUUCAAAGCUGACAGAUAUUCUUAGGUGUUUCUAAAAACUAAGAAUCAAGAUUCUUUCAGCAUUUCCCCAAGUACAAAGAGAGGCAAAAUCUCUUUGAACAUUCAAACUCAUAAGUAGAUAACAAA